CGACCUUGCCACGUGACCUGUACGAAAAUGGGUGUUCCAGUGGCGGAAGAUUUGUUAACGCUUCCCGGCGCCCCUUGCGAUUCGGAAUCGAGUUUUGGAGGGUCCCAAUUUGGUCCCCGUUGCCAGUUUGUUUCUUCUGCCCCGUUUGUGUUCCAGUUGCUGCAAGGAAAAUCCGGACGGUCUUUUCUCAUAACAGUUCCAAAAUGGUUGAGGAGCUGAGUAAAGAACAGGUGGAGAUGUUGAAGAAGGCCUUCGACAUGUUCGACAAGGACAAGAAAGGUUCCAUCAACACAAACAUGGUAUCCACCAUCCUCAGGACACUAGGUCAAACAUUCGUGGAAAGCGAGCUAAAAGAGUUAAUACAGGAAAUUGAUGCUGAUGGCAGUGGUGAAUUGGAGUUCGACGAGUUCUUGGCUUUAACUUCCAGGUUCUUGGUGGAGGAAGAUGCUGAAGCUAUGCAAGAGGAGUUAAGAGAAGCCUUUAGGAUGUACGACAAAGAAGGAAACGGUUAUAUCAACGUCCAAGACUUGCGAGAAAUUUUAAGAGCUUUGGAUGACAAACUGACAGAAGAUGAACUGGACGAGAUGAUUGCCGAAAUCGACACUGACGGUUCUGGAACCGUCGACUUUGACGAGUUCAUGGAGAUGAUGACUGGAGAUUGAGGAGUGCAUCACUUUCAUAAUCUUCUGUGCUUCGGCCAAGUACCAUCAACGGAAAGAGGACAAACUAGUCAUUCAUGGGAAAACGUUUGCAGAGCUGGAAAUUACAUAAUAAAUUCAACUACAUCGUUUAAACCUAUGUGUAUUUAACUGAAUUCACAAACUUUCAUGAGAAGUUGUUUACCUGAAAUAAACAUAUUUAUUGAAUUUUA